UUCCCCCAUCCGUUUGACGUGUCAAGAUGGCGGACCGUCAGAGAAGUGAUCUUCAUUCAAAGCCUUCCAACCCUCGUCCUUCUCCUCAAGGAAUAUCGCUUGCAAACCUGUCUGAGCCUUUAAACUUUGGUCCAUCUCUAGUACCAACUAUACAGCCAGUAGGAGCGCCGAAAACCCCAUCCACGUCUGCUCAGCAAACUCCGAGUUCAACGUCCACCAAGUCGAACACUAGUGGAUUGUUUCCAUUGGAUCAUGAUGCUGAGGCUGACAGUUUUUUGGGUCAGCAGCCUUUCCCUCCACAGAGGACUCCAGCCACAUCUUCCUUCCAAGGUUUCAGCACUCCCCACCAGUCUAAGUUGAGUCCACUAGCUAUGUCCUCCUUUGCAUCGUCCACUCCACAGCAAUCAACACRGGCUGGUCCUAAACACUUUACGAUGGCUAGCAGUGGCCAAGAUGUCGAUCAUUUCUUAGCUCCUUCAACACAAACAACUUCAACGUUCAGUACACCAUCAUCAUACAGUUCUCAACCUCAUUUCUCAUCACAACAUGCAGGGAAAACUCCUUCCCAGCAAACCAGUGUAUUCACUUCACAGACAUCUGGAAUACCUCAAGGGUCUCCUUUUGGACCCUCACAUUUGCCACCGAGAAGAGUAUACCCAAAAGUAAACCAAGAAAUUGGGUAUUCUACAGGACCUCAAUCAAUACCUUCUCAGCUUCCAUCUCAGAUUAAUCCGUCUAUGCAAAGUAAUCCGGCUUCUACUCAGUUUCCUGCUCAAUCAUUAUAUACACAGGGAUCCCAACCAACAAAUUCACCUGCUAUGAUGCCACAAGACAAUUCUCAAACUCCAUUCAUGCCCAGUAAUCCUCAACCUCCCCCUCAGAUGUACCUACCGCCACAGGGUACCCAACAGUAUGGAGCAACACAGUUCCCUCAGCAAGCAAACCAAGCACCAAUACUUCCUGUUGAACAACAGUUUUCACCUUCAUCAUCAGAAGGGGUUGUCCCUACGGCUUUAAUAGCACCAGUUCAACCACAUUGGUUUUACUUGAAGGAAAAUAGAGCAUGGAUGCCCUUUUCCUACAUAGAUUCUGAUUGCCUAGAGCAUGUUUAUAGAUUACCAGGUACUGGUGAAGACAGGAUUGUUCCUACUGAUGGUGGAAGAUAUGAUGUGAAUCUAGAGAAGAGAACCAGAGAGUCCGUCUACUGGGAGGAACCAGCCACUGUGGUUAGAAGAUGUACUUGGUUUUAUAAGGGAGAAGGAGGGACCAAAUUGGUCCCUUACGAAGAAGAUUUGGCUGAACGAUUUGAGAAUGAGUUCCAGGUAGCAGUGCGUGAAAAUCUGUGGCCAAAAAGAGUUGAACUCCAAGAUGGGGAAUAUGUCAUACUGCAUAAUACAAAUGUUAUGGUGCACUUUCAAUCUGGUGAGGUUAAUGAAUGGAGUGGUGAAGACAUCAGGACUAGACCAAAAGUCGUAAGGAGAGGAGCCUUUGAUAUAGAAGAUAUGAUUGAGGAUGGUGAGCCAGCACAGAUAGACCAUCUAGUAUUUGUAAUCCAUGGGAUUGGACCUAUAGCUGACUUAAGGUUUAGAAAUAUUGUAGAAUGUGUUGAUGAUCUUCGUAUGGUCACUCUGUCCAUGUUAAAUGAACAUCAUGAAGAAUUAGCCAAAGGGCGUCUGAUUGGUCGCAUAGAGUAUCUUCCUGUUCAGUGGCAUUCAAAGUUACACAAUGAUUCAACUGGAGUUGACCAGAAAUUGCAUUCUAUAUCUUUACCAAGCAUCACCAGGCUACGAGAAUUCACAAACAGUACUUUACUUGACAUAUUGUUUUAUACAAGUCCAACUUACUGCCAGACUAUUGUGGAUACAGUUGGUUCAGAGAUGAAGAGACUUCUUGAUCUUUUCAGAAAAAGAAAUCCUUCAUUCAAGGGAGAUGUUUCUGUCUGUGGACACAGCCUUGGUUCAAGUAUUAUGUUUGAUAUUCUGUAUCAUCAGAAAGACCAAUCCAAUCCAGAUGUUAAAUCUAAACCUAGCUCAGACAGGACAAGUAGUCCCCAACCAACUACAGCUGAAGAACUAGACAAAUCUGAUGAAGAGGAUAAUACUGAUGCCAGUCCUACCCUGUCUGAAGUAUUAAACCAGUUGGGAUUAAAUGAGUAUAAGACAGCCUUUGAAAAAGAGAAAAUUGAUAUGGAAACAUUACUGUCAUUCAGUGAGUCUGAUAUCAAAGAGAUUGGCCUGCCUAUGGGUCCACGGAAGAAAAUCAUGGGAUACAUUAAACAACAUACAAUAUUACAGGAUAAACGAAGACAAGAGAAAUCUGAUAGAGCUAAAGCAAGGGCUGAAGCUAGGGCUAUCAAAGCCUUGGAAAAGUCUCAAGACAAGGAAGAUAACCUAUCCAGUAGUUCUGCCGAAUCACUUGCAGCAGUUGAAAGUGUUGAGGUCCUGUAUCACCAGGGAAUGGCAGGAACUGGUCAACCCUUUGUCAAUUAUCCACAGUUAAACUUUAAACCAUUUGCUAUGUUUGCCUUGGGGUCUCCUAUCGGCAUGUUUAUGACUGUUAGGGGUGUGGAUCAGGUUGGACCAGACUAUCAACUGCCAACAUGUCCAAGAUUCUAUAAUAUUUUUCAUCCAUUUGAUCCAGUGGCUUUCAAGAUAGAACCCAUAGUAGAUCCAACAUUUGCAAUACCUCCAGUUAUGUUACCACACCACAAAGGUAGAAAACGGAUGCAUCUAGAGUUACGGGAUAAUCUAAGUCGUUUUGGGGCCAAUCUCAAAGCCAGUCUUAUGGAAUCUGUACGCAUGACAUGGGAAUCAAUCAAUGAGUUUGCCAAAGCUCACACUAGUCCAAGUGGUUAUGUCAGUACAGAGUCUGAAACAGAACCACCUCCCACACCUUCCUCCACAACAAGUGAUUCAUCAGAAGAUGAAAGGGCUCGCCAUGAAUUGACUAUCAAAAUAGGCCAAAUGAAUGGUGGUAACAGAAUAGACUAUGUUCUACAAGAAAAACCGAUUGAAAGCCUUAAUGAGUAUUUGUUUGCUCUUGGCAGUCAUGUUUGUUACUGGCUAUCAGAGGACACAGCUCUUUUCAUGUUAAGAGAGAUAUACAAUCAAGGAUAUGCAUCUGAAAUGCAAUGAGAGAAAAAAAUGACUUCAUGUGCACGUUAUACGCAACACGAUAUAUAAGUAAUAUUAUGCUGAAAGACCCUGUUGUAAAGGAUUGCCCAAGAGGUCAUCAUGCUCGUUUGACUUGGACUCCAAGCUUACAAAACAAAAUGGCAUUUCAAUUCAAAAUACAUGCAAGACAAAAUUAUGUGGAAUUCUUUUGCAUAUCUGGUUUACAGCUGCAGUAAUAUAAUGAAUGUAUGCAACUUUUAGUUCCCAAGUGACAACAUUGGGCAUUCAAUUCAAAUUUAGGAAAUGAUGCUGGUGCAACAUGAGGAGUUAAAAGGCUCUUUGGACAAAAGGGAAGAAAGGGGAUGGGAAGCUGAUGCAAAAUCACAGUAUUCACCACAAAAAUACGUACAGAUGAAAAGCUACAAUAAACUUUUCCUGUCUUUUCAAAAUAAAAUUUAUAUCAAGAGGCAAAAUAUAUAUGGUCCUAAUUUGACAGAAGUCCCUUUCCCAGUUCCCUGCGCUAUCUUGAAAGGUAGCCAUGCCUUUGCAUCAAAGCAAGAUGAAUCGUGAGCUCGUAACAAGACAUGUGAGUAUUUGUCCAACGUGUUAAAAAAGGUCACUAUCAUUGUAAGCUAACUGUUCAUCUCGCUUCAAUGGAAAGGCAUUGCUACCUUUCAAGAUGGCGCAGGGAACUGUGAAAUGCAAUAUUGUAAUGAGUUUUUUAGCUACAAAUAGCAUUUUAAACAUGUAUUAUAUAGCACUGAGAAAUUAGUUCUCACAAAUAAAAAUGAUUAAAGAAUUGUCUUCUAGCAUAAUUGUCAUUAAGUAGCCUAAGGCAAGAAAAGUAGAUGUUGCAUGACAAUGAAAAAAUCACUGUUACACUGCUGCAUUAAAGAAUUCAUGCUCUAUUA